CAUGCGCUUCGGCGAAAUGACGUUGCUUCCGUUUGUCUCUGAGGUACAAUCCAACAUGGCGGCGCUCUGUCGGAGGGCACUCCUCAUAACAGGAGAGAAAAUUGGAGUAAAUAUUAGUGCUAGAGGACUGGGAACCAGUGCCUCUUUGUGUCGCCGUGCCCCACCGUUGGGUCCUUUGCCAAAUGAAGACAUCGAUGUGACAGACCUGGAGGCUCUGGAGAAGUAUGGGAGCUACCCACGGUACGUCAGGAACGCACAGGAGGCCAGCAAGAAGACCCAUUGGUGGAGGACUUACAAGGAGUACAUGGACGCCGCAAACCCGGAGAAAGAUGUAGAGUUGGUGGACAUAGGGCUGCCUUUCAGGCGAGGGUCCCGCCUCCAGGAGGUCCGACAGAGGAACAAAGUGAUGCGGGAGAACAAACUCAACCCCGAGCUGGAGAGAGCCACACGCCUGCGCACACUGAAGGUCCCCCUGGAUCGUGUGCGUGAGGAGUGGGAGAGGACUAGUGGACCGCAUCACAUUCGGCGUCUGGCGGAUCACUAUGCCAUCUACCGGGACCUCUUCCCCACGGCCUACUUUGUGCCACGCGUCAUGAUGCGGGUGCGCUACGGCGAUGGCACUGACGACGCCUCCGCCGUUUACUACGGCAACCAGUUACCCCCAUCAACGGCUGCAGCUCCUCCUAAGGUCUCGUAUGAAGCUGAGGAGGGUUCGCUUUGGACCCUGCUGCUAACCUCUCCAGAUGAGCAUCUGCAAGAUGGGAACCUGGAGUAUGUCCACUGGCUAGUUGGCAAUAUCCCAGGAAGUGACCUCAGCGCUGGACAGGAAGUGUGUGGUUACCUACCGCCGUUUCCCGCCAAGGGGACGGGAUUCCACCGCUUCGUAUUCGUGCUGUUCAAACAGGACGCGGCGAUCGACUUCACCCACGACACACGCACCUCACCAUGCACUAGUCUGGCGGAGCGUUCGUUCCGGACGGUGGAGUUCUAUCGUCGCCAUCAGGACGUGAUGACUCCUGCCUCCCUCGCCUUCUUCCAGAGCCAAUGGGACGACACCGUCACACACACCUUCCACACGCUGCUCAAUAUGCGUGAGCCGGUGUUUGAGUAUGAGCAGCCUCCAGUCUACCACCCACCCCAGAGGAAGUUCCCUCACGGCCAGCCCCUACGCUACCUGGACCGUUACCGUGACGGCAAGGAGCACACCUACGGCCACCGCUACUGACACCCAGAGGUCAACUGACCAAGGCCACGCAAAGACAACCAAGGUCAACAGCUACUGACCAAGAUCAACUACGGCCACCGCUACUGACACCGAGAGGUCAACAGACGUCAACCCCUACUGACAUUUUCUGAGCAAAGCGCACUUUGUUUCAAACAACAAAAAAGGAUUUUAAGUGUGCAUACUCCUUAGUAAAAUGUCAGCAGUGGUUGACUUUAUGUGACCUCUGGGUAUCGGUAGUCAGUGUGGACUCCUACUCUGACAAUUACAGUCAUCGUUUGUCCUCCACCUUUUCCAGGGAUGUGCACAGUCUUCAACCUCAACUGCUACUCACAUCCAGAGGUCACCAGAGGUCAACCGGUACUGACCAAGGGCACACAAGGUCAACCAUGCACCCCUCCCUAUCCCCGGCCACCCCAUAAUGCACCUCUACUAAGUCGCCCACACACAACCCAGAAGUUUUUGUUCUAAUAAAGUGUUUGCUCCAAAAGACACCAUCAAAUUCUGUUUGAUUCUGUGUGUGUGUAAGAGUACGUGUGCGUGUGCGUGUGUGUGUGUGUGUUGUGUGUGUGUGAGCGUUGAACACGAAUGUCUCACAGUAGGGCUGGGCAAUAUGACGAUAUAUAUCGUAAUCGUUAUAUAAAAGUGUAUAUUGUGACCUCCUAUUCUCCUAUCGUUUAUAUCGUGAUAGUAAUUUUAUCAGUUGUAUACAAUUGAAUAUCAUUUAAUUACAUUUCAUGUUGUCCCAAUACACACUAUAAGUUCAUGUAACUGUAAAAAUAACAAUAAAAAUAUUCAUUUUAAAGAAAGGUUGUUU